UGACUUGUAAUUGUUACUCUCAUUAGAUGAGGUGUAUUGAAAGCUGUAUGUGUUAUAAUCCAAAUUUGGUUAUACAUCAACACCAACACGAAAUUGUGCUUUCCUUAGUGAACCAUCCUGUAAUGGACUUCCUAAACUGUCUUUUCUUCUUUUUUUAAAGGUUAAACCAUAUUAGCUCAAUCUUUGGUUAAGAAAUGGAAUUUCUUGACAUAAGGGAUGCUACUGAUGCCGAGAAAAAAGAAAUCGAGCGCAUACUGGCGACCGGUUGCGCAUCGGUCGAGUUCCCAUUCGAUCCACAAGCAGAAGAUAUUACAAUAAAUAACUUAAUAUGUAAAGAUGACCACAGUGGCCUUCAUAGUUUAGAGAACAACUCUGUUAAUACAAUAGAUGUUAAACAUGAAUUGACCGUCGACAGUAAUCUUGUCGAUGGUGGUACUUACCUCGGUCAUGAUGGCUCCAACGGACCAAUCGCAGCUAUUUCACCUUUUGGCGGACCUUUCCUCGCUAAUCACCUCGGAACCGGUGUACCCUCCUCUGCGCCUUAUGCUGCCUUAUACAGUCCGAAAGGAGGAUCUCUCAUCCAAGCUGAAAAUGGUGAGAUGCUAUUCUAUGGACCCACUUAUGUUUCCAUGGCCAAUUCAACAGCAGGACCUUCUCCCUAUGCACCGAUCAUCUCUAACAUAUCUACCGUACCUGUCGUCAGUCAGACUAUGGUUGAUUCUUCGAAGUCUCGUCCUGGUCAACCUUGUACAUCGUCAUCUAGUUCAAGCAACAUUGUCGCAGUCCCUAAUCCUGUCACGGCUGGAAUUACAACUUUACCACCUUCAAUGGCAGCCCUUGAUGAAGCCAACGGGAACAGAAUUCCGGUCUCAGCUCCUUCAGGGGCCCCAUAUCAAAUGACUAUUCAUCCACCUCCUCCACCCGGACCUUAUCUUUCUGCUGCUGCAUUUAGACCACAUAGUGGAACCUUUUUACCGGUACCUCAGCACAUGUAUUCAUCUUGUUUUAUCCCCCUACCCUUGACUCAGUACUAUCACAUCUCCCAUCUCCCAUCGAAUGCAACCUCCCCUUCUACUGCAGCUGUUGUUGCUGCAGCCACGGCUAUGACCAAUACAACGAUCGAGAACAAUCAAGCUGUUCCAAGUGGUGGUAAUAUGAUUACAAAUUUAACCUCUCCUACACCGACUGCUUCUCAGGAAUCAGAGGUAGUCGAAUGUUAUCAGAAUAAAGACUCUGUUGUCUCUGAUAAUGAAAAUGCUCAAGAACGUGUUACAUCGCCGCCAAACAUCAAUUCGAUGGAAGAAACUGCUAUCGCUCAAAGAGCUGAGGUAGUGCAACUGCAGUCUGUAAAUCAACCUCAACGAAUUUUAUCUCAAAAUGACUGCAAUGAAGAUGAAACUUGUGAUACUAGUGAUAAAUCAGUUAAAACCGAACUAACAAACUCUGUUGUUGAAAAUAGUGUUGAUCCUCAUCAUGGUGAAAGGGUUAAUUUACUUGGAACCUCUAAAUUGCCUGCCAAGGACAAUAAUUUAAAAAAUAAUGAAAAUUGUUUAAAUAACAAUACUGAUCAUAUUGUUGGUGAUAAUAAUGUAAAUAAUGUUCCCAAGGAACGCAAUGUUAAAAAGGAAUCCCGACCCAAUGGGUCUCUUAAAAAAGACUCAAAUGUAGAUGUUAUCAAUGAAGUGGACAAUAUUAGUGUUAACAAAAAGCACGAGAAUAAGGAAGUCAAAGGGACUAAAGCCUUCAAGGAGGUGAAAGACAAUAAAAAGACUACAAAUAAUAACUUUUUAACUAAUCAUAGCACUGAUUCUUCAACUGAUUCAUCUACAAGCUCUUUGUCUCCCUCCAUCAACAAUAGUCUCAAUCAAUCAUCAACAUCUUCCAGCUCAGGAGUUUAUACUUCUUCUUCAUCAUCAACUCGAUCAUGGGCUGAUUUGUUCAAAGCUAGAAACUCUAAUCAUAAUUCUUCAAAUUAUUCAAAUGCCUUUAUCACUUCAUCUUCCCAAAUUUGUAAUGCAACACAAAUAUCUCCUCGGUCAUUUGUUAAUGAAGUUCAGUCAGAGGAUAAUGUAAAUCAAACAAUUAAUAAUUCUAUUAAUAUCAAAAAACUGCAUGAAGCUUCUUCAGGUUUCAAAGUAUUUCAAGAAGAUGCCUUAGCCAAUAAAUUAGGAAAACGGUUAAAGGAUAUACAUUUAAAGCAUUCCUUACCUUACCUAAUGCCAAGAGGUUUUAUCAAUAGAGGGAACUGGUGCUAUAUAAAUGCAACUUUACAGGCUCUCCUUUACUGUCCACCGUUCUAUAAUCUUAUGCGAGAAAUCGGGGAAAUACCAGGUCUCUUUCGAGAUAAAUCCUCAACCCCGAUCAUCGAUAGCUUUGCAAAGUUUUUCUCAAACUUUCUGCCUAGUGAGCCAAUGAUUAAACGAGCUAAAUCUAGCGACUUUAAUGGACAAGAUAUUGCCAAAGGGGAAUCUUUUGAGCCUAAAUGCAUCUACGAUACUCUAGGUCAAAUCAAAAUUGAAUGCCUUAAAGGCAAACAAGAAGAUGCUGAAGAGUUUCUUAGCUCUAUUCUGAAUGGUCUCCAUGAUGAAAUGGUAUCUCUUUUUAAAUAUAACGAAAAGACACCUAAUGGUGAAUCUAAUCCAGUCACUGCUAAUGGCCAUGGUCCAGAUGAAAAUAACCACGAUCAAAAAUUAAAUAACGAUGAUAAUGACUCAAAUCUAUGGAAUGUUGUUGGACCCAAACAUAAAAUCUUGCCAACUCGCUCUACAAAAGUAAAUGAGUCUCCAAUCAUGGAAAUAUUUGGAGGUUCCAUGAUUUCAGUAAGAACUGCUGGAACUGACAAAUGUGGUAACAGACAACCUUUCUUCACUUUACAGUUAGACAUCCAAUCUGACAAGAUAAGAUCUGUCGAAGAUGCUCUAAAAUCUUUAACAAUGAGAGAGUCUAUACAUGGUUACCAAUGUCCUAAGACUAAACAAACAAUCGACGCAAGCUAUCAAACUUUUCUUGACCAACUUCCACCUAUUUUAAUUCUGCAUCUUAAACUGUUCAUUUACGAUAAAGAUGGUGGUUCGAAAAAAUUAGUCAAGAAAAUCGAUUAUCCAAUAGACUUGGAGCUUCCAAGGGAGUGUCUUCACAUGGACAGAGGAAGUGAUAAGAACAAAUAUUCUAAAUCUUAUAAAUUAUUAUCAGUUGUUUAUCACGAUGGAAACGAGUCAGUUAAAGGUCACUACCUUACGGACCUAUUUCAUAUUGGCAGCAGCAAUUGGUUGAGAUGCGAUGAUAAUAAUGUCAAAACUAUUAGCGUAUCACAAUUAUUGAAUCCUCAACCACCUCGGGUUCCUUACCUAUUAUUUUAUCGAAGAUGUGACACACUAAGGAGCAGUAAUUCAAGUCAACAACAGCGAGGAUCCAACAAUUCAUCUUCUCAUUAAGUUUUUCUUCAAUUAGUCUACGUGCUUUCGAAAAAUUUACAAAAAAAAGAGGAACUGAAGGAAGGGUUUUAAUGUUGAUAUGUUCAUCAAUUUUCCUUCCCCGUUCUCUCUCCGAUUGUUACUCAAUGUAAAUGUAGUCGUAGUUUCGCGCCAGUGUGGUGGUGAAUAUCCUUUCCCAGUUUUCCUUUAACCUCGCCCUCCCUUCCAUCCUUUAUUUACUGUCUUUCUCCAUUUUGUCUUUUUUCUUGUUUUCAAGAAGGGUGAAGCUUAAUUAAUACUAAGAGCUGAUCAAGAUGGAAGGAAAGCUUAGAGAGGUGAAGGAUGAUAUCAUUUUCUCUUUGUAAUCUUCAUAUUUCCUUCUUUUUUUUCUUUUUUCUCCUUUUACCUGGGCUUUUCUCUUCGCUUCACCUUUCACUUUCUUUAAUCUAAAAUUAGCACCCCUUCUACUUUUUCCUUUCCUUACCUUUUCUCCUCAAUUCUAUUUUUUCUUUAUCUUUCUUUCUCUCCCUUCAUCGUUAUUAUUGCCCAGUCUUUAACUGCUUACCAUUUAUUCGGAAUGCUAUCGUGUUUGCCCUUCUUGGUAGACUUUCCUCUCUACUCUUCCUCCUAGUGUCUCUGGUUGGAAGUCCAUCCUUCAUUUUGGUUCGAUUGCUAUGUUCAUAACAAUGGUGAUAAAAUAACUAACCGAAUAACCAUCUACUCAUUACCAAGUUACAUAAUCAGAGACCUGAAUGCCGUUAGCAGCCAAGCAAAUUAUAAUAGAUAAAGCUUUUUUAAAAAAUCAACCUAAAAUAAUUGGUGAACAAUUUGGAAAUCCUGUUACUUCUAAUUUGGUUCGCUUUAACUUGUUUGAAGACAAAAAAUUCAAUAAGAUGAUUAUAAAAAAACUAGAAAGAGGGCCACAAAAAAAACACAUGUUCUCUUAAAUAACUUGAAUAAAAAUUUUAUUCAAUUUUUGAUUCGGUAAA